ACGUGGGUCCACUCAGUUUGUUGGCAAGGCGCAGUGGGAGAGCGCCAUUAGAGACGAGCUCGGAGAUCGGAGGCCGGCGAACCGGGGAGAGAGCCUUAGAGAUGGACGAGGUCUUGACUACGGGGGAUGUCUCCUCCUCUUUGCCGGCGGCUACGGCAGGGACCGCGAGUGCUCCGGUUCCUCCUUCCAAUCUUCCCCUUGUCUCGGCUUUCCUCGCCUUCUCCAUCGCCCAGUUCCUCAAGCUCUUCACCACAUGGUUUAAGGAGAAGAGAUGGGAUUCUAGGAGAUUGGUUGGUUCAGGUGGAAUGCCUUCAUCACAUUCUGCAACUGUGACUGCUCUUGCCAUGGCUAUUGGUCUACAAGAAGGAACAGGAGCUUCUUCAUUUGCUAUUGCAGUAAUACUGGCAUCGAUUGUAAUGUAUGAUGCAACAGGUAUCAGGCUUCAUGCAGGCCGGCAAGCGGAGUUGUUAAAUCAAAUUGUAUGUGAGCUGCCACCAGAGCACCCUCUAUCAAAUAAUAGACCUUUGCGUGAACCUCUGGGGCACACUCCUCUGCAAGUUUUUGCUGGUGCUGUUCUGGGAUGUGUUGUUUCCUACCUGAUCAGGAAUUCUGUGUAAAGUAGGUACUUGUCAUAAAUUCACAUGCUUAUUUUAUUGAUGCCUUGCUUGCUUUUACGUAAUGUUAUGCUGUAUGGUUCUCUCAUGAGUUAAGCAUAUAUAAGGACUCGAAAUGCAACCAAAGAAGAGAA